AUGGCCUAUGACCGCUACGUUGCCAUCUGCCGACCCCUGCACUAUGGGAUCCUCCUGGGCAGCAGAGCUUGUGUCCACAUGGCAGCAGCGGCCUGGGGCUGUGGGUUCCUCUAUGCUGUGCUGCACACGGCCAAUACAUUUUCCAUAUCUCUCUGCAAGGGCAAUACCAUAGACCAGUUCUUUUGUGAAGUCCCCCAUAUCCUCAAGCUCUCCUGCUCACACUCCUACCUCAGGAAGAUUUGGCUCCUUGUGUUUGGUGCCUGUUUAGCACUUAGCUGUUUUGUUUUCAUUGUGCUGUCCUAUGUGCAGAUCUUCCGGGCUGUGCUGAUGAUUCCCGCUCAGCAGGGAUGGCACAAAGCCUUUUCCACGUGCCUCCCUCCCCUGGUUGUGGUCUCCCUCUUUGUCAGCACUGGCACAUUUUCCUACCUGAAGCCUCCCUCCGUCUCAUCCCCAUCCCUUGAUUUUGUGGUGGCAGUUCUGUACACGGUUGUACCUCUGGCAGUGAACCCCCUCAUCUACAGCAUGAGGAACCAGGAGCUCAAGGAGGCCCUAAGGAAACUGAUCCAAUGGACGCUGUCUCACUGA